GGUAGAAGAGGCCACAAAAGCAGAUGAUUAUGAAGUGACUAAGAAGAGGGACUAUUACCAGCUUCCUAUUCCACGGGCAAAUAUUCAUUUCCUACAGACAUGGGAAGAGACGCUGCAGUGCCGGGAAAAGGUGCUGCAGCCUGGGCAGGUUGUGGGCAUUGACAUGGAGUGGAGGCCUUCUUUCGGUACGGUGGGGAAGCCCCGUGUCUCCCUGCUUCAAAUCGCUCUGAAGGAUGAGGUGUUCCUGCUUGACUUGCCACGGCUCCUCGAGCAAGCCAAGACGGAGGAGGAGAAGGAGAGGCUUCCCCGUUUCAUCCACAUGCUCUAUUCGGAUCCAGCCAUCACUAAACUAGGUUAUGGGAUGUCUGGAGACCUUAGCAGCCUUGCAGCCACAUGCUCUGCUUUGAAAGACACGAAUAAGCAAGCACGAGGUGUGGUGGACCUGCUCACAGUAGACAAACAACUGCAGAAGAGCGCCAUUGACUGGAGGAAGGGCGGCUGGGAGGUCGACGUACUGUCCCCGGAGCAGAGCUGUGAGGAGAGAGGGUUCAGGCAGCCGGAGAAAGGACUCAGCCUCUUGGUGCAACACGUGCUGGGGAAACCUCUAGAUAAAACGGAGCAGCUGUCCAACUGGGAGAAACGGCCUCUCCGGGAGGAACAGAUCCUCUAUGCAGCUUCAGAUGCGUACUGUUUGCUGGAGGUCUAUGAGAAACUCUCUAAGGAUCCAGCGAGCUUUGGUCUGAGUUCAGACCUGACUGAGAGCCUGGUGGGAAAACCGAGCACAAAACCCAGGGCAAAGAAGCAGCUGAAUAAACAAGAAGUACCGUCACCUUCUGGACAGGUUU